UUGGCAUUGUAUAUCAUUGUAGUUUGUUUAUUUCAUAGAACUAGUUGUUUAUGAUCCCCUUUUGAAGUUAAAAAAUGCAGUAGAAGAGUGUUUAGAACCAGUUGCUUUAUUCAUUGAAUUUUUAUAGAAUCAGGUGUUUAUUAUAAAACGGUUUUUUCGGUUGAACUGGUGAACAAAUGAACUAGUGAACCAGUAACUAGAGUGGUUCAAUGACCGGUCCGGUUUUCUGAACCUUGGUUUUAAAAAAUUUCAAUGGGAUGAACGUGAUCUUUUGUGAUUACUGUCAAAACUAAUAACUGGUUCCGAAAUUGAGAUUUGUUGUUGUACUGUUGUUGCUUGUUGCAGAUUUUUUUCCCUUUCAUGCUAAUUAUGCUGCUGAUUUUGUUCCAAUUUUCAACUCCAUAUUUUUUCAGUCCUCUAAAUUUUGUUAUUAUGCAUUGAGAUUUUUUUGUUGAUGUACUGUAUAAUAGAUGCAAAAAGUUUCAUUACCAAAGUGACAAUUGGUGUGCUACAUCUUCAAGUACUGUUCAAAUGUAAAAAUUCUGAGUUUAAAAUUUCAAUUCUUAAACGACAAAGUGUUAGUUUUUCUAAGAGUGUUAAAUUUUUUAGGUUAAAAUUGUUAAUUUUGAGUUAAUAAUAAUUAGGUGCAUUUUUGGAAAAUUAUUUGAUACUCAUGGGAAUAUCAGGGUCUACACAACAUUGGAAUCUUCAUUCCCGGACAUACUUUGCAAGAUUUCUGUGAAAGUUAAUCCACCUAUCACCAAACUAUUCCCAUCACUUCUCUUUUCCAAAUUUCUUCAAAACACAUACACAUCCACCUCUCCCAUCACUGCUACUACCCCCUUUUUGCCUCUGCCUCUCUCGUAUGUAUCGUCAACCGUAGUAACAAAUGCUGGGACUCUCAUAUGGAGAAAUACUUCUGUUGAUUGGAGUCACUGCUGCUGUAAUUGGCCCAAAAGAUUUGCCAAUCAUAGCCAGAACAGCUGGGAGGCUAGCUGGUCGCGCUGUUGGAUAUGUACAAUUGGCUCGCGGCCAAUUUGACAGCGUUAUGCAGCAAACCCAAGCUCGCCAGGUUCACAAGGAACUGCAGGACACAAUGGCACAGCUCGAUGCUAUUCGUCAUGAAAUUAGAAGUAUAUCACUCAUAAAUCCCGGCCCUAUGACCCGCGGGCUUGUGGAUAAUCCUGACCAGACAUCUAUUCCAAAUGGCACCAAAAAAACCGAAGACGUUGGAGAGGAUAAGUCCAUACCCCCUGCUACCACUAACUCAACACCCACUGUUAUCAAGGAUUCACCUUUGUUGGCCUCAUCAAAUUCAUGCAACAUGCAAAGUCAAGCAUCGACAUAUGCCCGAUUGGCAGAGUCUGCUAUCAUCAGGAACAGUUUAGCUGCAAGUAGUACUGAACCCCAGAAGAUUAAACCUGAACUGCAGCAUACUGUCUUGCCAAUUUCCGCUGAAAGCGCUGGACUCUUACCAAAUCGUAGCGCUGAUGUGAAAGGAUCCGACAUAGUUCUAGAAGCAAUCGUGGAGGCAGAAGUAGCUCACAAUGCCAAGGAAUUCUUUUCACAACCCCAAAAUCAAACAUGAUUGAUAUCGUAUGGUAAUGUUACAUUUCACCUUUCUAAUAUCUUCAACGUUAGUUGUUUGUUCUUUGUAGCAUUUGUAAUUGAUUUACUUGUAAAUAAAAAAUCGUAUGUAAUCCAGUAGAUUUCAUUUACCAACAUGAGGUAGAUCAGGUUGAUCGAGUGACACGCUAGUGUUUCUUUUUUUGGGUUUUGUUUUUCUCCCAGUGGCUUCAAUUAAGAAUGGAAAAAAGUUGUGUUAGCAGAGAUAGUUGGUCUCAAGUAGGAUUAGUCGGUUUUCUGACAUUUGGUUUGCAUUUUUAUUUUUAAUUUUUUCAUAAUUUUGUGAAGGAAAAAAAAAGGUUGAAAUCAAUGGUGUUCAUUCUUUGCAUUCUUAUUGUAGCUGUCCCUUCGAUUAUUUUUUAAUGCACAACCACCAAUGGAGUACACAACGAGUAAGAUGAACAAGAAUAUAACAUUGAUUAUAGUUACUAGUUACUACCUUCCAAUCUUUCUUAAAGAUCUUCUAUUAAUCCAACCUUAGCAUAGAAUAUUUGGAUCAUUACUCCAAGCAUCACAGUCAGAAUUGCUAUAAGUUGUAUUAGUUGCCUUGAUCCAAACAUUAGAACCUACAUUCAUCCGAUGACUUACAACAUGACUAAAAAAUGACAGUCCGGUGUACAAGUAUCCUCCAUUAACGUAGGAUACGAGAAAUGACCGCAUUCAAAAGGUAUAAUGUAUGCAGUCUAACCUGAUAAUUAUAUUGGUAGUUGUUUUCAUUGUUUGAAUUCGUGACUUUAAGGUCAUACGGAGAUAACUUAACUGUUGUUCUAGUUCCAGGUUUUUCCUUUAACUUACAACAUGACCAAAAACAUAAAAAUUCAAAAUUAGUUAAAUAGCAAUGUUCAACCUAUUCAUUUGUUAUAUAUAUAUAAUUAACGGCUACUGUAUCAU